CUCCCAGCCGGGCCCAAGCCAGAGAAGAACAACGCUUCAUGUAACAAUGGUUACAAUCUAACAACCUCGAAGCACAUAGACAGUUGUAUCUAAUAAGAAUAAAAUAGCAGCACAAUUCGUAACCUUUCGGAUAAAGGUGGCUUCGGUAUAUAUUUAAUUCUUACAAGGACAAUUUUUGACUGUUUGUGGGAUACGGUUACGGGGGUGAGUUUCGAUCUUCUGAAAGAAACCUGUUGCUGAUUUCACAACACUGCUCGCCCCCUUUUUUAGAAGUGAUGCUGUGUCUCAUCGCUCUGCGCUGCCACGGUAGCAGACAGUGCAGCCGUUUUUAGUUUGAUUGUGGAUGAUAUAACACUCGAAAAUAAGGGAAGAUGCACGUGUCUCUGGCGGAGGCCUUGGAGGUGCGGGGAGGGCCCCUGCAGGAAGAUGAGAUCUGGGCCAUCCUGAGUCAGAGUGUAGAGAGCCUCCAGGAGCUCCUUCGCAAAGGUAACACAACUAGGACCUCUUGUGUUGAAGAUACCCGAUGCAAUGCCUCUGCAUGUGGACCAAUGUGGAUCUCACCUGACCUUGCUGCUCUGGGUUUCAUCAUCUCCCCCUGGUCUCUGCUGCUACUCCCGUCUGGUAAUGUCUCCUUUACUGACGAGAACAUUGCACACCAGGACAUCCGAGCUUUCACGGCACCCGAAAUUCUCCAGGGACAGUCCUUGUCUUCACUAUCUGAUAUAGAAAAGAUUCACAUUUACUCCCUUGGGAUGACUUUGUUCUGGGGAGCUGACUAUGAAGUACCUCAGAGCCAGCCAAUGAAGCUUGGGGAGCAUCUCAACAGCAUGUUGCUGAACAUGUGUGAGGAUCCUGUUUACACCAGAGUGUCUGUGCGGACGGUUCUGGAUGCUUGCAGUGCUCAUAUCAGGAACACCAAUUGUGAGCCCUCCGGAAACGAUACGACUCGUUAUACGGGUCCUUGGGCACCCGUCGCCUGA